GCCAUUGAGAACUGGAAUUCUAAAAGGAUUUAGCACAUUCAUGUAGAUAAAUUUCCUCCUCCUGUUUUUUUUUUUCCAAUUCACUUCCUUUUACUGAAUUAAGAUUAGGAAAAGCAAUAUGUCAGUACAGGGCUCAACAUUAACUUUUUUUCCUACUUGUCCAUUCGGACAAGAGACAAAGAUAUUUACUUGUCCGAACUUCAACUUCACUUGUCCUUAAAAUUUUCUAAAAAGGAUAUAAUAUCGUCAACUUGAAAACUGUAUUUAAUUUACUUAAUAUAUAGUCUAUUUUUAUACCUGCUUGAUUGAUUUUUUUUUAUCUUAUUCUCUUGAUAAAAACAACAAACGCAUAAAACAAAAUUUUAUCUAGACUUCCCAUCUUGAAUCAAUGACUUCGUAAGAUUCAUGGAUGCAUUCUCUCACCAGGGGGCGCGCUACGUUGUGGAGCGUAGCGUAAGAGAUUGCAAUGGGUGAUUGAAAGUAGUACGCAAUAAGUGAACACCAAUCCCGAUUGAGUUUGACUCAGCUAGUUUACAUAGCGAUCGAAGUUCAUUUUCCAUGCAUUAUACAUGUACUUCCGACUCUCAACUACCGAUAAACUUUUCACAAAGUUGUUUGGAGACUUCUUUACAUAAAAAAGCACUUGUCCAAUUGGACAAGUGCCCAUCAAUACUCACUUGUCCGAAAUAUUUUUCCACUGGUACCGGACAAGCGGACAAACGUAAAUGUUGACCCCUGCAGUAUCAAACAAUGUGUUCAUGCAGUUCAUUAUUUUAUUUCAAAGUCACAACAAAACUAUACUAGUACUUGUUAGCUUGCCUGAGUUGUAAGCCCCAGUGAGCUACUCUGUCAGAUAAAAAAUUGUCAUUGUUAUUUAACUUGUUACAAAACUUUUCACAUUUUCAACUUCUUUAAAAGCACUCGGCCAAUUUCAACCAAACUUGGCACAAAGGAUUCUUCAGGGAUUUACAUUUUUAAAAAUAAGUGGACAUAUCCCUUCCCAAGGAAUAAGAAAUAGUAAAAAUUCAGAUGGGGUGUUUAAAGGAUCUUCUUCAACCAGGAAAACUUAAGUUUUGUAUAAAAGCUUCCUUUUAUGUACUGAAGAUUAGUGUUCACAAAUUGACUCCAUAGCCAGGUCACAACAGAGGUUUAAUAUUUUACAUAGGAAAAUUGUUUAAACUUUUCUUCUAAGGAACAGAAGGGUGCAAUUUGGACAUUCCAGUAAGCAUGUAUCUCUGUGUAUUCUCCAGAAAUUUGGAAAUGAGGGGGCAACCCACUCCCUGAGUUCAGAUUUAUGAGGGAUUUUUAUGAUUAGGGGUGGGUGGGAGUAUUUCAUUAGGCAUGUGCUACUCCUGAUUCUUUAGCUACUACAUGUAUCAUUACCUUUUAUACCAAAAGUAAAUGGUCUCUUUAAUAUCAACUCAUCAGUUUUCAUCAGAAAAUUUUGAUGAUAAGUCUGAUCCACUUUCAUUGGCAUUGUUCCUAUCAUCAAUGUAUGUGUUUAAAAAAAAAAGCAUCUAUUCUUUUCUGCUUGCAAAAUUGAUCAGCAAUAUUGCUGAGUCACCAAAUCUGUUAAUUUGUGCUAAAAGUUAGAAAAGAUUUGUUUUAUUCCCUGAUAAAAUUCAAACCAUUUAUGGAAUGCAAAUCUGGAUUUCAAAGAAACAUGAUAAUACAAUGUUGUGUGAGGGAAGAAGCCCGCGGGGAAGCAGUUUUCAGGGGGAUUAAGAAUAUUUAGUGUGAAUUUUCGCAAUCCUGCGCUCUGGAGUAAACACUGGGAUUUUGUGUAGUCACUAGUGGAGACACCAAGACCCCUAUGGUAAAAGAGGCCACUGCAGAGGUUCAAAAUUUUACAGAGGAAUACAUGUACAUUGGAUUAAAAAAAAAAAAAAAGAAGUCUACUAAGAACCUAAAGGAUGAGGGAAUAUGCUAGCAUUAUUAGUUGUAGGUGUGAGAAGAACAUGAAAUGAGAACAGCUGUGAGAUGUUGAGGGGAAGAAAAGUUUCCAAUCCUACUGUGUCAACAGGGGGUGGAUCCAACAGGCAUGAUGGUGACAAAGAUCUCAAUCGAGCCUGGAACAACAUUCACAAAGUCAAGACAGAGUUACGGAAGAUUGAACACAGACUAGGCGAGAGUGAGCACCGGGCUGUUCUGAAUGAAAUUUACGAGACCAGCAUCAACGACUAUUCUCCAUUGACUGAUUUGAACGUAACCUACGAUGCAACAGAGGCGGGAAGAGCUGCAUUUGUUGACAGACAUGGCUGGGCUUCAAAUGUUAGGAAUAAAUCAUACCCUAACAGCAGGAAAAUUUCUAGAAUAGAAGACAAGUACCAAGAGAUGGAUGGGGCUGGUGCCAGGAGUAGAAUGGAUAAAAAUGAUGGCAAAGGGACCACCCAUGGAAAGUCGGGAAAGUCUAACACAGACACUUUAUCCAAUGGAGGACGUGAUAGGAAAUUUAAAGCAAGCAAAAGUGAACAGACUAGAGAUUCCAGUCCAAAGUGUUUAGAAAAUGCAGAUGGAAUUUAUGGGGACUUGAUCGGUGCCACAGGGGUGACCAAUGAUUUGAAUUCUUUGGAUCACGACCCUUCAGUAAUAAACCAGGAUACACUGACAGAUUCCAGGGCUAUUAGAGAGACAAAUAUUAGGUUUUUAAAUGAUAAUUUAACAGCAUAUGAUGAUGUCAGGUGGGGUAGGCCAGGGAAUCCAAAUCAUUUAACGCAUGUUAGUGUGACCGUACCAAGGGCCCGUGACUCUUACCACCAUGAGCCAUAUCCAGUCAGAGCUACGCAUUUAAACCAGGAAGAAAGGGAGAGAAAGUGGGAAGUUGGUUCCACAGAUUCAACAGCAUCGGACACAAGCUCUCAGAUGGGCAGGAAGCUGAAAAAGACACUGAAAGACUUAGAUUUUGAUGCAUUGUCCAAAAUUAAAGAGAAAAUUCGGAAACAGCAACAGCGAUCAGCCUCUCCAAAAGUAGAUGACCUUAACAAUGGAGAGGAGGACGAUGCUCUGGAGAGAGACAUGAAUGGCCCACACCAUCACCUUCACAAUGAUAGCGAACCUGUACUAGGUCGAGGUUCCUACGACCUCCCACCACCAGAUGGCGCUGACAGUCAGAGACGAGUCCGCAAAGUGGCAGCUGGGCCCACGGUUGCAUCAUACAAAGGUUUCAGUGAAGCAGAAGUGAAAUACAAGUAUGCCGAUUUUAAACCUCCGAAGGUCAUGGACUGGAGGAAGAGGGAGAAGAAAAAGAAAGCUGCACUGAAACUGCAGGAAAAGAAAAUAGAACAGGCCAUCAAAGAAGCUGCCCCAGAGGAGCAGAAACCAAAGCUAAAGAAACUGACAAGGAUUGUUGCCAGUGGCAACAAAAAACCUGAAAAGCAAUCAAAGAAAGAUAUUAUAACAACAUCAUCCUGGCGGGCAGGGCAGGAGGUCAUUCUACGAGAACUAGGUCCAGCAAAAACCAGGCGGACAUCGCAGACCAGUGAAGCGUCAGUUGAUGUCAGACCACAAGCUACUGGGGCCAAUAACCAUGACAACGAAGUAGACAAACUAGAAGACAUGACUGAGCCAAAAUCGGCAACAGCUCUGGAGUUAGAAAGAGCCAAGGCACUUUCGGAAGAGGCCAGAAAAGUUCUCUCUGAUCUUAAUAUGGGUUCUGAGAAUGAAGAUGAUGAAAGACGUGGCAAAGAGAAUGAAGAAAAUUUUAAACGGAGAAGAUCGACAAAAAGGAAGGCCAGUAAAACAACAGAACCAGAAAAACAGUUGAAUGCUAAGCAACGACAUUAUGACCAAGAGGAGGUACGUCGAUUUAUGCAGAAACAAAAGGCAGACAGAAUGAGACAACAACGUGAGGAGGAGAAGAGGAAGCAGAGGGCUGUUGAAAUGAGGAGCCAGCAGCUCGAGGAACUGAGGAGCAAGCAGAAACAGAGUGCACAAACCUCCAAACGGCCCACCAAGUCAGCAGGUGCCCGGGGUAAAUGCAAGGCCCAAGACGAGACAUUCACCCACUCCCAGUUAACCUACAAAGAUUUACCCAGGCAUCAUCCAUUCCAUGAGGAUCUGCAGUCAGGAUCAUUGGCUACCACGGAAUCGGAGAGAGAGAGGCAUGCUGGGAUACCACCAAGAGAAGAGGAGGAGAUGUCGGAUGACAGCUCGACGUUGACGGGAGAAUCCCUAGAAGCUGUCACACCUACUAUUACUCCUAGGGUUGAAUUUGAGGAUGUUCAAGCCAAACCAAAGAGUAAUGGUCACGAAAGGAAUAGUGUUCUAGAUGGAAAUUUAAACAGUGCUAAUGUGAAAAACUUAGGUGGAUUAACGUUCAAUGUUGAUGGUGUACUGAACAAGUUUUCGGAUGCUUUACACAGUCGUGGUAAUGAUAUUAAUUCUGGAUACGGAGGCUCAGUGUCUUCUACAGGAAGUCAGGAUCGUCCACAUGUUUAUGGGAGCGAGGAUCCAGCCACCCGGAGUAAGGCAGACAGAAUCCAGGCCAUUAUGAAUACUGCUGCCACACUACAGCAGAAAAUCCAGGUGGAAACCUCCAAAAUCACUGGAGAAAAACCAGAAUUGUACAAGAGAAGGGCAUUAUCUCAGUCAAACGAUGAGGAAGAUUUUGUUACACGUUACGAGAGAUUAACUGGUGCUCAACAAGACUUCUCCGUCUUCUCCUCCAACCUGCCAGGUCAACAGAGGAUAUCUAGAGACUCUGGACCAACCGAAGAGAACACGAUAGAGACAGCAGCCAUCCGGAUCCAGGCCGCUUACCGAGGUCACACCGUUCGGCAAAGUCUGAACUGGAAGCUGCCAUCAGGGAACAGCGUUAGAACUAGUCACAGGAGGGGGAUGCACGAGGAGGAGGACACAAUCACAGAGACAGACACAAUCUCUGUAACGGUGACGGACGACUCCGAAGACGAGUCCCUCACUCACCGCAAGAUUGGAACUGGCCUUCAGGAGAGGGACUUCCAUGCUGGCAGCAGAAGUCGACCCCCUACAGACGACUUUGUUAUUCCCCGCCCCACUCACUCUGCCCAAUCCAACAGAUACUCCUGGGAGAGUCCCUCCCCAGAUCCCUACAAUGUACUCAGUAUAUUUGCCAGACAUCAAAAGAAUCAAGGUGAGGCCUGUUAUCAUUCUCUGAAAUUAGACAAAACUAGGAUUACUAUUGCAAACUUGAGUGAUGCCACACUCUCUAAAGUCUCCAGUUACGGUGUGUCAGCAGGGGAAUCGCACGACAGUGAUGAGGACACGAUUGAGGGAGAAUCCUACUCGCAGUCUUUCGAAAGUGAUGAAGAGAAACACUCAGGAAAAGUCAGUAAGCUUGUGUCAGAAAAAUCUUCCAUGAAGUCAGGGUACCGACCACGCAGCAGUAAACAGACCAGUGUGGUUCCCGAUGGAAACUUGUCUGUGGAAGAGGAGAGCAUUAGUGUUUCCCUUGGCAGAGUUUCUCCCCCUGGGGAAGAGUCUGUAUCCCGGAGUUCCCCUCCACGGAUGUCACCCAAUGCGCUGGAGCGCAAGUUUUACCUGGAGCUGAAUCAGCUGGAGAGUAUGGAGGAGUCCAUGAGACAACUGACCGGCAUGGAGAGGACUCGGGCUGUGUCCAUGGCUCAGCAGGAGAGCGUGUCGCUAGCUCAGAUGCUCAAAGCUAGACAACAGGCUCAUGAAAAAGACAUGAAGUUGCUAGAAAACAAGGCCCAACUAGAGGCCAUGGAAGCCAUGUCAGAAUUACAGACCGCUAGACUUCGUGGCACUGCAGCCUCUCAAGGGGCAGAGGAAAUUCUGUCAAGGCUCGGCAAUCGACAGAGCAAUGCUCAGCCAUUGGAUAGCAGUGAUAACAUAAGGCCGAGGAAAACCAGUAAACAGAGUCUUUCUCAUCCUCCUGAGUCUACUCGCUCAGCAACUCAUUCCUAUACUCAGCCUACAACUCACACUGUAUCGGACACAUCAACAAGAAGUCAAAGUUCUGUCGAGGGUGUGAAGACAGCUAGUGACACCCAGAGAGAGGUGGACAGCGAGUCAUCAAUCCCAUCCCUCAGUAAGGCCGAGGGUAAAGAUGACAGUCUGAAGGAAGAUAGCAUUAGCGAGGAGCUAGAGGAUUACACACUGGACGAGACGAUGACUGAAGACGAGAUGGAACGCAGCUUCAGGUCAAUUCUGCCAUCAGAGAGUCACCGCAAACGUGCCAAAAAACAGCUGGACAAUGUAUCUGUCACUUCUGAUGAGGGAAGUGUUGCAGCUCCAGCAACUCCACGGUACUCCAUGGAUGAUCUGGGGUCAUUCAUUGGCGAGGAUUCCUUCAAUAAGUUCACGGAGGAGAUGGUAAAGCAGUUUAUGAAGGAGGAGGAGUUGCGGGCCCAGCAUCAGGCUUCUUUACUCCAACUUCGUGAAAAAGCUUUGAUGGAGAAGACGAAAGCUGAGUUGUCCUGGCUCGAACAACAAAAACAACGAAUCAGAAACAAGGGGGCUGAUGACACUUACCCACAAAUCAUCAAACGACAACGAGGACUCAAAAUGAGGCUCCAGGAACAACAGGCGGAGAUAAAACGACUGCAGGAACAGAAUAAGGCAGCAUCACGAGAGAGACAGAUGAUUCUUCAACAACAUGAAGAAAUUAGUCGCCUACGUAACCAGACUCAAAAGACCAAAAACAAACUAGGGGGUAGACUGGGCAGGCCGUCAGAAGUCCACACGGAGGACGAGGUCAGCGCUUUCGAUGAUCACUCUGAUGCUGGAGUAGAAAGACACCCAAAGAAAGAUUACAAGUCUGAUUCCGAGAUCUACACAGAACCAAAAAAUACCAACAAGAAAGGCAAAACUGACAACAAGACUAUGGAGAAAAUGAAGAAGAUACAUCUGGAUGAAAAGUACUUGACAGUUCGUGAGCAGAGACUCCACGAUAGAAGGAGGAAUGUGGAAGACCUGCUGAAGUGGAAGAAGAGGCUGGAUGAGGAGGAAGAAAAGAUAUACAAAAUGGAGCAAACAGCCCUGAAGAUUUGGGAUGGUGACAACAAAAAGGAUGCCAAGGCCAACACCCCAGAGACAGUGCAAAAAGAAAAGCCCAAGACUGCAACGAGGAAGGACAAAAAGGAGCCCCAAACGUAUUCCUCGAUUCAAGAAGACAGCUUUGUAUCGGAGGUUAUCACCACUGCCAAGGAUGACUCAUUGAAGAAGUCUGUGACAGAUAGUCCUAAGACAGAGUUUGGCAACAGUGUAGAAAGUUCACCGGAAGAGACCAAGCGUGUCGCCUCAGAGCGAGGUGCCAAAUACAAGACAAAUCAGGGGAGAAGUGCGAGUGAGAGCUCCAUCCCCGAGGAGGUGUUGUCGCAGUAUAGCCUUGACGAAUCUCCAGGGACCCCCAAUAGGAGAGGGAAGUCAACAGUUGUAGAGUCCACUGCUCUGAAUGACAGUUAUGCAGACAACACAUUCGUUGAUGAGUCCACAAUGGCUACCAGUCGAGACAAACUGAGCAGGAAAUCACCCAGAUCACCUCUAGAUCAGCUCACCAGACAAAAAAUCAAUUUCCCUCUAACAGGAAGAGACCUCAAACCUCGUCGACAUGGCAACAGGGGCAGAAGCUCAGAGAGUGAAUCAGAGGAGUCCAUAUCCCACACAGAUGUUUCAACAUACACAGAGACCCAAUCUGAUCUCAGUGACUUUGAGGGGCGGGUACGAGCUUUGACAGAGGAGCUGAAGCGGAGGAAGAUUCAGGCAGAUAAGCUGAAGAAAGAGAGAAAGAAGAGAAGGAGAGAUAUCCUGAAAAAUAAGGAGGAAGCUCUGAAAAAGCAAAUUGAGGCUUUGGAUAACCAGAUUGAUCAGCUGAAGACUGAGAUUCAUCACACAACUGAUCGAGAACCAGCCAAGGUUAAGCCUCAGAUUCUGAAGCCACGAGUCAGUCCAGUCAAAAAGUCUCCAGAGGCCACCUCACCAAAGGUCAUCAGCACUGAUGAUAGUGGCACCGAGUCCACACAGAGCUCACCAUCUGUCAUUGAGGAUAAAGAUUCGAAACCAAGUUCUCCUGUGUCUAAGUCGACACCAGUAUCAAGUCGCAUUCCAGCUCCUUUGGACAGGAUAUCUGAAGGGAGUGAAAGUUCCAGGUCCAGAUCCUUUAGGAAGAGAGAAGACAGUUCUGUGACUGAGGAAAUAGAGACAGCAGCAGAUGACAGCAGUGUGUCAGGCUAUCUUCAAAUUCCAAAAUCUCCUGUCAGUGAAAAGCAGCCCACGUAUAAAGAGGAGGAUUCUUAUUCUUUGGACUUUGAGAAGACAGUUAGCCUUGCAGGUCCUCCCUCAGAAAAGCCGCCCAUUAGUGCUAGAAGCACUGAAAUCAGUCACAGUAAGCCAGCAUUCAACGAUCAAAUCUCUGAGGCAAUUUCUGCAGUGUGUAGUGAACAUAUUGAUGACUCUGUGAGAUCUGAAAGUUUUGUGAAACCAUUGGAUUUGAAGAAUGACCAGGACGAACUUUAUUCUCCUCGAUCGAGUGUGACUGUUUCAAGACCCUCUAGUGAAAAGAGUGAGAGAUCUUAUGCCAGUCGGUCAACAGAUCUUGAAUCAGCCUCAGAAUCGGAGCAAGUUUCCGUAGCUCCAUCAGAUCAACCAGAGCAGCAAAUGAAAGAGGAGAGUGUAAUAGACAGUAUCAUUGAUGUAGCUCAGAAUACAGAAGAUGAGUCAGAACAAUACCCAGUGUUUAAAACCACAACCAAGGCUCAAGAGGAAGAUGAUACACCCAUCAAUUCUCCAAGGGAAAGUUCUGAUUUUUCCCAGAUUGAUGAUCCUAUGGCAGAUUUCAAUAUUGGGGAUCGUGUUCUUGUUACAACUAGUGAUAGGAUUCGCAGGAGAGGUCAGCUCUUGUUCAAAGGAAAGGUGCAUUUUGCUCCUGGAAUUUGGGCUGGGGUUGAACUUGAUCACCAAGAAGGUAAAACUGAUGGCAUGGAGGAUGGACAGAGGUACUUCAGUAGUAAACCAGGACAUGGUAUAUUUGUGCCUGGGAAUGACCUCAUGCCAGCUCCUACCCCUACACCCAGGAGUACAAGUCAUGUCAGUAUCACUGAUGAGUCUGAAGAAGAACAAGAGAUUGUUGAAGAGCAGGACCUGAGUAAGCUGAUCAGUGAAGCUGACCUGAAUGUAAGGGAAUUCGAUGAGACAAAAGAGGACCAGAACAAACUAACAGAUCUCAUCACAGAUCAAAUCUUAGAGAAGGUGGUCAGUGAUGAGUUUGAUGUGAUGUCUGACAUCUCAGACAAGAAAACUCCACCUCCUGUGGCACCCAAACCGAAGAGAACACCAGAGGUUGCUCAAGAAAACCAGGGUCAGACCAUGGUGAAUGGACACUUGUCACCACCCGAAUCAGACAAUGAACAGAACUCGCCCAUCCAAAAGAAGAUAGAAAUGUCAAACAAGGUUGUGGAUAAUUUGCUGGAUGAUGCUCUGACCAAAAUGUUAAAAAUCAGCAAGAAGAAGAGGAACCAGAACAAUAAUUUGCAGGUGACACAGGACUUGAUAGAUCUUUCUAUGUCCCCCACAAAAGAGCUGAUGGAGGUUCUGAGCAGGGAAGAGGAUGAGGAGGAUGAGGAAGACUUAAAUAAUGUCCCUCCCCGUCCAAGUUCACCCAUGCCAGGCAGCACUCCACACACUGGUCAGCGCAAGAUGUUGGAUGAUGACAUCAAUGCCCUGUUUGAUAGUGGACUGGAGGAGGAGCUGUUCAGUGGACUUACCCCAAACAAGGCACCACCCCCAUAUCCCGGGACUCCAGAGCCUAAGUUGGAGAUGCAGAAGUUGGCAGAGGAAGUGAGGGUAGCUGUACCUCACACCAGUGACCAGGUCAGGAGGAUAGUGGCGAGUGCUGUCGAAAUUCACUUCCAACAUCGUACAAAUGGGGCACCAAUCAACGGCCAGGAACCUCCGGAGGCAUAUUUCACACUGUCACAAGAGAAUUCUGAAGAUGAAGGACUUGAGAGUAGCAGCCAAAGAGUGUAUAAAAAAUUACUGUAUGAUCUAACAGGUGAAUUAAUGAAGGAAAUAUACAAAGACGAACAAAAAGAGGAACCACCACCAUGGAGUAAGCCCAAACAACGCCGUCAGAAAUAUUUCCGUGGUGCUUCCCCACCAGGGCAGGUAGAUGCAUUAACGCCAAUUGUUCAGGAGGCAGUAAUUGACAUGUUAGGUUUGAACGGUUCACGCAAACUGGAUCGGAAUAAGUGGAACGUUCGCAAGAAAAAAGAUCAUGUUGAUAAUAUUCUGGUUCAGGAAUUACGCGAGGAGGAACCUGAAUGGGUGAAUUACGAUGACGAUGAAGUAGCAGUUAAGAUGCAACUGACAGAUACGAUUUUUGAAACAUUGUUAACAGACACGGUACAAGUUAUGAGCAAGAUUUAUCAGAAAAGGAGAGCCACUGUGCAUAACUGACUAUAUGGCUCCAAAAGUGUUUAAAUCGAAAACGUCAUAGGCAUUUAGGGAAAUUGUUUGAUUCCUCCCUCUUUACAGAAUGGCAGAAUUGGAGGGUUGUCAGAUUUUUUUUUCUCCGUGUAGGAAAUGAAUGAUAAAAUGAAAGUCCAUGUUAUUUAAAUCUAAUGUAUAUAUACAUGUAGAUAAUUAUUUAUUUUCAUAACCAUUGGGUUGUGCCAUGUGUUGUUAGCGGUGGAGAAAACAAUGUGUGUAAGAGGGUGGAUGUUUUGUAUAUAACAAAGCUAAUGUUGAGUGCAUUGAAUCAUUUUGUAAGUAUGGUUCCUCACAUUUGUCAAAAAUUACCAAUCAGUGAGAAGAUGUAUCUAAUUAAUGAAACUGACUGCUCUCAUGAAAUAUUGUCAGUUCAAAUCCCUUCCCCAGCUGAGGUGAAAUGAAAUCAGAAGAGUUGAAUGAAUUCCAUAAAUCAUAUAUGCUAUUUGUGUUUCAUGAUCCAUAUGAAAUAUUUUUGUUGAUGUUUUAGUACUUGAUUGAUUCACAUACUCAGGAUAAUUUAUCUUGAAUCCGUCCAUUUGUUUUGUUGAAAAGGUUGAAUCAAGUACUAGUAUCAUAAAAAUUCACAAGGGGGGAGUAACUCCAUAUUCUCAACGUAGAACAGUUCUGUACACUGCCAGGUAAUCAUAGCAUUAGAAGAAGAAAAAAACAAAAACAAAGUCAGAUAGAUAGUUUGUAUUUUGAAGUGAUUUGUCCUGAAUUAAUUAGUUUUAAAUGGUUUUAUUUUGUUCCAAUGCUAAUGGUGUACUAACCCUUGCAUUUAUUCUUUUGAGAUCUUUAUGUGAACAUUCCUGCUUUGAAUUUCACAAAAGCACGUUUUCUUUCAUUUCUGUCCAUAAGAUAGACACAUUCAUUUGAUUGGUUAAUUAUUAUUUUAUUUGUAUCAACAUCCAAUUGCUUCUUUUUCAUGUCAUCAUGUGAUUGGGUUGUUGUUUAAUGAUUUUGAUUGGUUCAUUCUACCAUCUGUGUCUUACUUGAAAUUGGUGCUUUGGAAAUUUUGUUUUUCAUUUACUUGUAUAAAAAAAAUUUCACCCUCAAUAUUUGAUUGUUAAUUUUGAAAGAUUAACUUGACCCAAGUGAUAUUCUGCAAAAGAAAAAAAAUCUAAAUGGAUCUGAUCAGACAUUUUUCAAGUCAGCAUUCCUAUAAAGUAAAAAUGAUGCACAGUUUUCAUAUAAACAUAGAGUUGAUCAUCUGAAAAGUUCAGUGAAUCUAUCUACAUGCAGAUUUGAUAGUAAUUAGACAUGUCCACUUUCCCAAUACGUUUUUCCAUGCCCUGUUCACACAAGGAAUGAUGAUGAUUCAUUUUAUCUAAAUUUUUAUAAAUGGGGUGAAAACAAUUCGGAGCAAAGAAAGAUUUAACAUGAAACAGUUGCUUGAGAGAGUAGAAGAGCAAGUGCUACAAUGUGUGUACUGUUUUUCAUUUGAAUGAGAAUAUUUUGUGAUAUUAUGAAGGUUUAUACACCAUAACUGAAUUACCAGUUAAAAUAAUACUGCGUGAGGAAUGUGGAGACUACAGAGAUAGGUGGCCCAACAUUAAGUAUAUAUCAAAUAGAUCUGAAUAUUUUAGGCUUUUCAUCGUUUCUAACUUUACAUAAUAUUUAGAUCUAUCUGUAGCAAUCUAUACCUAUGUAGAAAUAGAUCUUGUUCAUUUCCAAAAAUUUUUUUCUUCUUGAACAAAAAACUUGUACACAAUCCAAAGAGUUUUAUAAGUAAAACUAUAAACUUUUUUAUGUGAUUAAAAUUAUUGAAUUUUUUUAUUGGCUUUCAAAAUAUAGCUGAUAUAUAUUACCAAAUCAGUAUAAAACUUCAGUCAGUCAAUGGUUUGUUGGUAAAUGAACAAGAAUUAAUUGUACAUAAGUAGCUACGUAAGUGAUAUAGUUCUUUAUUUAUUGUUAUUUAUAUUUAUGGUGUUUCUAAUUCAUUUGUAUAGCAAUAGAUACUUGUAAAAUUCCUCCAAAUUAAAGAAAGAAUUGAUACACCACUUUCUAUUAAAAUGUAGAAAACAGCAAUAAAAUUUAAUAAAUAGAAUGAACAAAUCUUCUUCGAUACAGAUACCAUAUUUAUUAUAAUUUUUUUUAUUUUUUUACACCCUAGUUUUCAUAACAUUUUGUGCUGGAAUUUAACAAGUAUAGUUGAACUAUUUUUACAUGUGAGUAGUCAUUGUUGAAAAACAUUUUUUGUAAACUAUGCAAACAUAUGUCUUGCUUCUCAAUGAUAGAGGCAGAAAAUAAAUUAUAAACCAAGAA